AUGAAUAUCUUUCGGAUGCUAGCCGACCUAUCGCAUUUGGUCUCACUGUUUAUCCUGCURGCUAAGAUGAAAUCCUCAAGCAGUGCUUCAGGCAUAUCCUUCAAAUCACAACUUGCAUACCUUGUAGUUUACGUUACGAGGUACAUUGAUCUGCUAUGGACCGAUCCGACUAAGAGUCUUUGGAACACAAGCUUCAAGAUCAUGUUCAUUGGCGCACAAGUAUACACCGUCUACCUCAUGCUCAACGACUACAAGCCUACGCACGACCCCAAUCAGGACACGUUUAAAGUUCAAUAUCUUAUGGCAGGAGCUGCGGUCCUAGCGGUGCUAUUCCCAUACAAGUACACUCUUGCUGAGAUGCUCUGGGCGUUUUCGAUCUGGCUUGAGAGCGUUGCGAUUCUGCCACAGCUAUUCAUGCUGCAACGGACAGGUGAAGCAGAGACGAUCACAACCCAUUACCUCUUCGCACUUGGAAUAUACAGAGCGUUGUACAUUCCCAACUGGAUAUGGCGUUACUUUGCGGAGGGCGGUUACUGGGACCCUAUCCCCGUUCUCGCCGGAAUCGUGCAGACAGUGCUGUACACGGACUUUUUCUACAUCUAUUACACCAAGGUCAUGCAGGGCAAGAAAUUCAACCUUCCAGUAUAG